AUGGGAUGCGGGUCGUCCUGCGAAGGAGGGCAGCAAAGCGGAGUUGUGGAGAACGUUGAGCCGCAAGCUGCGCCCACAAGCGCUGGCUCUGUUUCUACUUCCUCUGCUGGAGACCUUAUCACCUGGUGGCAUGACCAGAACACUUCAGAGAAGAGGGAGCUGCGUCCAGAGGAAGACAGGACGGUGGUUCGAUCUCCUUUCUUUGAGGUCUCGGUGUGGAGUGAAUGCGGUGAAGGCAAAGACAAGAAGCAAAGGCCUUUCCCCUACUUCUCAUGGCCUCGUAUGGGGCGCAAAAAGUGGGGGUACACCAAGGACGAUGGUGCAGACAGUUUCGACGACAACGGAUGCACAUGCACCUGGGCACACUUCCUCUACUCCACUGAUGUGUGGGUUGAGGUGACUGUCCUGGGGGAUGUUGACCACCAGGAUAUUUCCAAGCACGUGAUCAUCCGCCCUCGGAAGAUCGCUGAAAGUGCGCAGAGCGGAUACUGGUCACCUGAAGCCUCGGGCAAGAAUACUGUUAGAUUCAAGAUCCCGUACAGCGAUGAUGGCUUUCGAUUUUCUCUUGAGUUUCAGUGGGAGACGCUCAUCUUGGGUGGAGCAUGUGUCUUUCAUGUUUGGUUCGAGCCAUGCCAGGGAGAAAGAUGGUCCUAUGCAGUGUUCAGGCCAGAAGACUUGUACACGCCCGCAGAGCUGGAGUCGAAAGUUCACUAUGUGGAUCCCCAGAAGGCGGACUUGCCGCUGAACCUGGACUCGGUCCACAAGCCCAUCAUUUACUUCCGGCCGGGCGUGUAUGCCAUGGCUUGGAACUACCAUGCCUACUUGAACAACGAGAUCGAGUGGGUCUACCUGGCUCCCGGGGCCUACGUCAAGGGUGCCAUUCAGUUCCGUGGUGAGACUGGAAAAACUCCUGCAAAGCUGCGGGUCACAGGAGCUGGCACACUGUCUGGGGAGAAGUAUGUCUACGAGUGCGACAAGGCCAACGAUUACAAGACGCGGCCUCCGGAAGUGCCUGGAGGCUUCUAUGAGGGCAACUGCUUGAAGAUGAUGGAGUUCUUCUCACCUGAAGGCAUGAGCCAGGAGCUGGAAGUUCAGGGGAUCACGAUCACCAACCCCCAUUUCCACACCUUUACUGUUUAUGGCACCCUCGACAAGGAAGACUCCAAGUUUGCCACCAGGGUGGACAAUUAUCAUAUGGUGGGCACGUGGUACUACCAAACAGACGGGCUCGAAGUACCAAGCUGGUCCACGGUACAAAAUUCCUUCUUCCAGACGAAUGACGAUUGCGUCAAACUCUACUGGAGCGAUGUCACGGUUCGGCGGAUCACAUCCUGGUUUCAGGGCAACGGAGGUUUGGUCCAGUUCGGCUGGAAACCCCGGAACUUGGCCAGGAUUAUCUGCGAGGAGGUUGAUGUCAUCCACGACCUGUCACGCUUCCGUGGGGCAAGCAACUGCGCCAUUGUUACCGCAGCAGACCUGAUCAUUGAUGACGACAAGGCCACCGCUCACCAAUUCUGCAUUGAAAGCCUCACGCUCAGGGACAUCCACGUGGAGGGCAGGUGCAUGUGUCCCAUCCGCAUCUUUGUGCAAUCCAAGAUUUCAAAGAUAAAGAUCGAGCGGUUUCACGUGGACCAGUGGAGCGGUAUAGAUGAUCAAUGUGACCUGAGAGACUUCAACAAGAACCCCGAAGUGACGCAGUACUUCAAAGACCUGCAAGAGCCUUUCCUGGAGAUCACAGACUUCAAGAUCGGCAGCGAGGCUGUCACGUCAGCCAACGCACAGUCUUUGGGCCGAAUGGCCUUUGAGCCUGUCUUCGAAGGCAAAUGGUCCGUCUUGGCCUUGCCGGGUUGA